GCUACUGAAGACUAACUUCUUGUUGCAGUGCAACGUUGGCAUUAGGCGUUAUGACGGCUCUACCUAGUUCUACCUCCCACUCCGCCGCAACCAAAAGUCCGAUGAUCGCAUCUGCAAAGUAUAGGGAGGAAUCCUGACGUAUCGUGUCUCCCGUAUUUCUCUGGCAGAUUAAAUAUACGGCUCCAAGUUGUUCAUGAUACUAAUUACCAUGCUUCCCUCUUUCUUUUUUCUCGCGGCUGGGAUAGCUGCAGCCACCGCAGCCAGCAAGAGUAGCUGCGUCGGUACAAUCUCGUCCUUGAACGACGUUAGCAGUGCCGUCGAAUGUACGACAGUGAAUAUCAACGCAUUCACAGUUCCUGCUGGCCAAACAUUCGAGCUGAAUUUGCUGGACGGUACCACUGUCAAUGUUUUGGGUGAGAUUCAGUUCGGAAACGUGAGUUGGGCGGGUCCCCUAUUCCAGGUCAAAGGCAACGACAUCACUUUCAAUGGAAAUAACCAGAAAUGGGAUGGUGGAGGACCAUUCUAUUGGGAUGGUCAGGGCUCGGGUGGGGGCGUGACAAAGCCACGCCCAAUGAUGCACAUAUUGAUCUCGGGUACCUUAAACGAUGUUCAUGUCGUGAAUUCUCCCGCCCAAUCUUUCUCAAUUGGAAAUUCAGGACCUAUCACAAUCUCUGGCGUCACAGUCGAUGAUUCGCAGGGUAACUAUGCUAACUCGAACAGUGGCGGUCUCCCAGCUGGACACAACACCGACGGCUUUGACGUUGGCGGUAGUAAUGUGAUCAUUCAAAACAGCAAAGUAUUCAAUCAGGACGAUUGUGUGGCUAUCGGCAAGGGAACAAACAUUACCGUUACUGGCAACUACUGUAGUGGUGGUCACGGUAUCUCCAUCGGCUCCAUCUCGUCAAAUGUCGUUGUCUCCGAUAUCACGAUCUCUGGAAAUAAUGUCGUUGACAGCUUAUUCGCGUUCCGUAUCAAAACUGAUAAAUCUGCGAAAAAAAGUUCUGUCAGCAAUGUUACGUAUACAGCCAAUACUGCAAGCAACUGUACCGACUAUGGCGUUCUGAUUACCCAGAGUUAUCCCUCCAACUUCGGCACUCCAGGUAACGGGGUCACUAUCUCCAAUAUCAACUUUAACCCCGGCACCACCGCAUUGCUGGCCCAGAACGAUGCUUACAUGGCCGCAGUGAACUGUGGCAGUGGAUCGUGCACAGGCAUCUGGGAUUGGUCUCAAUUGCAGACAAGCGGUGGAAAAGUUGGAUCUUUCGUCAACUGUGAUAGUGUCAUCACUGGAUACGAUUACUAGUGAGAUGGCCUGGAGCCUAUCUAUCUAACACCAUACCGCGUGUUACACGCUCUUUUUUGAUACACACUCGUUUGCCCAUCAAAAGUUGCAUGCUAGUACUAUGUUUGUACUACGUAGUAGACUUAUUUUUAUUACCAUUCUUGGGGGAGUAUGCAUACGUAAGACUUGAAAUAAUUCAUACUUAGCCACUUCCCGUAUCCGAGUCUUUCUCCUGAC